GAUGGAGGGAUGGAGGAUGGAGAGACAGAGGGAGGGAUGGAGGGACAGAGGGAUGGAUGGAGAGACAGAGGGAGGAUGGAUGGGUGCGUAGGGUGCGUGUGAUUUGCGCAUGCAUGUGGGUGUGACCGGUCACCUGCCUGUCAGACCGCUUUUAAGCUGCUGCGGUCAGAGAGCUCAGUGUUCACACACACAGCUGCUGCUGCUGGAGACCCGAGACCAACGACUAGAGCCGAGCCGAACCGAACCGAGCCGAACCGAACCGAGCCGAACAGACCCAGCGCGGCACCAGCAGCCUCUCUUCUCCAAGAAGCGCGCUAAUUCCUCCCAGAGAGGAAACACAGAGUCAUGAGUCUGCCGACUGUCAGACAACUUUUCCUUUUGUGUUUAAUCUGCUUUCUGGGAUCCUGGAGCUCAACAGAUGCCAGCUCUUAUGAUCAGUGGGAAGACGGCAUCGAGUUAAGAAAGGUGCGAGGCGUCCAGAGUGAUGAUCUGAGUGAUGUUUUAUGGGAUGACCAGAAUGAGGAGCAAGUCCAGAAUGUUUUCAAAAGAUUCCUGUUUCAUUACUCUAAAGCACGCAACUCUGUCGGAGCCGUACAGCACCAGUCUCACUCAGUUCAUCCUCUGAUGCGACUUUCCCCCAAACUCUCCCAGAGGAGAAAGAAGAAGGUGUUACUGUUGGUUCGAUUUACUGACGCCGACUUCUCUUCUUUCUUCCUAAUGAAACAGAAGAUUCGAGGUCUGCCGGAGGGGAUGUUGUAG